CAGCUGAGUGACCUUGCAGUGUUUGUAAACAGACACACGUUGUCGUACGAAUUGCCAAGUUAAUUGUACCAAGUGUUUGCACUGUGCCUGUCAAAGUGAUUAGUGUUUCCCCAGUGAUUUCCACAGUUCUCAGAACAUUGGGGUGUCAAAGCCGAUGGAAACGGAGCGAUCGUGUAUCGUCGACAACGAAAUGGAGGGUUCUCGUGGUGAUCGGAAAGAGGGGGGCAAGCGAGGACGCAAGCCCGGAAGGAAAGCGGCCGACAAGGCGGACAUGAGAGCCAAGCUUGAACGCAGUCGGCAGAGUGCGAGGGAGUGUCGGGCUCGUAAGAAACUCAGGUACCAGUACUUGGAGGAGUUGGUGGCCGACAGAGAAAAAGCUGUUCUUGCGCUGCGUAAAGAGCUCGAUAUGUAUCGAUCGUGGGGACAAGAACUCGACGCUGGACGUGUUCCCGAGGGGCUCCAAACAAUGCUCGAAGAACUUGGCGCCCUCAAGAAGGAAAGGAAUAAUAAUUAGUUCAUAACGCAACAAAGUACCUCUCUAAAAUAAGAACUUUCACUUUAAAACUCAUGACACGUUUUCUGUUCUCUCCGUUGAGUACUCAUUGAUGAAAAUGAUCCGUAUUACUAAAUUUUAUGGCGCCAUGUUCCUAAUGAAGUUUUAAUUUGAUCAAAGUUCUUUUUUUUUUCAAAUUAUUGAAAUUUCGUAUUGUUUGUUUGGUAUUCCUGUACUAUCGCCUUUCGGUGGAACUUCAUAUUGAGAUUGUAUUGGCAUUGUCCUGAAUAUAUUCUGUCAAAAUAAAAAUACAAAGAAAUAAG